AUGAUUGGAAUCGUCAGCAAUAGAAACAGCGCGGCGGAGUAUGAUGAUGACAUGAAGCGUGCUAAGUCUCUGGGUAUCGAUGCAUUUGCUCUGAACAUUGGCGUAGACCCUUAUACCGAUCAACAACUCCAACUGGCAUACGAAUCUGCUGCCAAUAAUGACAUGAAAGUCUUCUUGUCAUUCGAUUUUAACUGGUGGCAUAUUGACCAGGCUAGUGCAGUUGGCCAGAAAAUUGCGCAGUAUGCUAGCAAGCCUGCACAACUUCUGGUCGAUAACAAGGUGUUCGUUUCAUCAUUUGCCGGGGAUGGGAUAGAUGUUGCAGCAUUGCGAGCUGCGGCUGGAAGAUCAAUCUUUUUCGCGCCAAAUUUCCAUCCAGCUACUGGAACAGACAUCUCAACUGUUGACGGUCUCUUGAAUUGGAUGGCGUGGCCAAACAAUGGAAACAAUAAAGCCCCAGUUCAAGGUCAAAAUGUUUCCGUGGCUGACGGGGAUCGAGAAUACGUCAAUUCCCUGGGCGGAAAGGCUUAUAUUGCCCCUGUGUCUCCGUGGUUCUUCACACAUUUCGGACCCGAAGUUUCUUAUAGCAAAAAUUGGAACUUCCCAUCUGAUCUUCUGUGGUACAACAGAUGGAAUGAAAUCCUUGAACUGAAGCCGCGAUUUAUUGAGAUUGUCACAUGGAACGACUAUGGGGAGAGUCAUUACAUUGGACCUUUGAACUCACCACAUACAGAUGACGGGGCCUCAAAAUGGGUGAAUGACAUGCCCCACGAUGGAUGGCUGGACAUUUCGAAACCAUACAUUGCUGCGUUCAAAGCAGGCGAGUCGUCACCGACAAGCCAUAUCACAUCUGAUGAAUUAGUCUACUGGUACCGACCUGCACCACGUGGGGUGGACUGCAACUCUACAGAUACCUGUAUGGUACCAGCAAACAACGGAAGUGGAAACUAUUUCAUGGGUCGUCCGGAUGGCUGGCAAUCUAUGGCCGACUCUGUCUUCGUUGUAUCAUUGCUUACAUCUCCAGCCACAGUGCAGGUCAACAGUGGCGGCAGUGUCCAUAAUUAUGAAGCACCAGCCGGUGCAAGUGCAAAGGAGGUUCCCAUGGGAGUUGGCUCACAACAAUUCGCAGUCAUUCGAGAUGGGCAGACUAUUCUGUCAGGAACCAGUUUGAAGCCAAUUAUCAACGGGUGCGUUUGUGGGUUGUAUAACUUCAACGCAUAUGUCGGAACACUCCCAGCAGGAUUUAGUGAUCCCCUCCUGGCAGAUGGGCUUUCUGCCUUUAAACAGGGCCUGCGUGAUCAAACAUGUCAAGCGACACCCUCUUUAGGUACAGUGCCGCCAGCUCCUCCAGCUACAAGCUCGACCAGCAAAUUAGGAAGUCCUCCCCCGACUACAACACCAACAUCAUCACCUGGAAAACCAUCACCCGGACAACCCACGACUACUGUGAGCACGGUUACAGUUACGAAGACUCUGAGUCCCUCAGCUUGUCCACCCCCAAACAGCAGCGGCGGUGGUACCGGUGGAGGAGGUGGCGGUGGAGGUGGCAGCAACAAUGGAGGGGGUGGUAACAGCGGAGGAGGAGGUGGCGGCGGAGGUGGCGGCGGUGGAGGAGGUGGGACUGGCGGGGGUGGUGUCGGUGGGGGAAGUGGAGGUCGUACGUGUAUUGCGGGAACUGGAUCCGAUAACUACAUUGGGCUUAUGGGGGUGCAGUCUCGCCUCCGCCAUCGACGGGAGCUCAUGGAGCGCCUCUUAUCGGUGAAGAUGAUUCCUAUUUAG